AUGUCUCAGCUGGAAACCUCCGUUUCGUGCGCUGAGAAACGUUACAAAAUCAAUGCAAAGAGAAGUCCACUAUACGCCCUUCCCUACGAGGUCCUAGCCCAUAUCCGGGGGUACUUGGAUCACGCCGAGAAGACUUGCUUUGCGCUGUCAGGCGCCAAGUUCUUCCAAAGUUUCCCAUCCAUCACUGUUCCAGAAGAGAAAGUCGGCGAUACCAAGAUCGACGUCUAUCUUCGGCUUCUGAGAGACGACUUCUACAGAGAAGCCCGCAAACGACCGGGGAUCUGGUAG